AUGGCACAAUCUUCCUUCUCAUUGGCGUCGCGGACCAAGCUUUCUAAUGGCCUGUCCAUGCCAACGAUCCAUCUCGGCGUUUACCUGACGUCCGGGAAGGAGACUUAUCAAGCCGUCCGGUGGGCGCUUGAGGCUGGCUAUCGAGCAGUCGAUUCAGCUCAGAUGUACCAUAACGAGAAGGAGUCUGGCAAAGCCAUCUCUGACUUUCUCGCAAGUGAUGCUAACACCGAGUCGCUCAAGCGCGAAGACAUCCACUUCACUUCGAAGCUAGCGUCCAACUCCGCAUACGAAACGGCCCGCAAAGCCAUCAAGAGAUCUGUCAAGGAGGCGGGUCUUGGCUACAUUGACCUAUUUCUGUUGCACUCCCCAUAUGGCGGCAAGCAGGCGCGUCUCGACAGCUGGCGAGCGGUGGAAGACGCAAUCAACGACGGCGAAGUCAAGAUUGGAGGCGUCUCCAAUUAUGGUGUCAAACAUUUGCAAGAGCUAUUGGACUCCAACCCCCGGAUUCCUCCAGCGGUUAACCAGAUCGAAGUUCACCCGUUCAAUACGCGGAAGGACAUUACUUCCUUUUGCCAGCAGCACAACAUUGUCGUAGAGGCAUACGCGCCGCUGGCCCGAGCCUUGCGCAUGACGCAUCCGAAGAUUGUGGCCCUGUCCAAGAAGUAUUCGUGCACUCCGGGCCAGCUUUUGGUCCGCUGGAGUCUGCAACACGGCUAUGUGCCACUGCCCAAGAGUGUGAAGAAGGAGCGAAUCGUCGAGAACUCAAAGAUUGAAGGCUUCGUAAUCGAGGAUGGCGACAUGGAGGCAAUGGAUGCGUUGGACGAAUACCUAGUGACCGAUUGGGACCCUACCGAUUGCCCGUGA